CCCAACCCGACUCGUUUAAGUUCGACAUGUACAAAUUAUGCUCUUCAGCCUCCGCCCCGACGAGAACUUGAGCCCUAGCCGCACGGAGUUGUUCAUGGUCGCUGUUGUUAACCCGCGAAUUGACGAGAAACCAGUUUCUCCAUCUAUAAUGGACUCACCUGAAGUAGCAGAUGUGCAGCAACAAGCUCACAGAGGGUCACCAAGUGAAGGCUCCAAGCAUGAAUCUCCGGACCAUGUGAAAGAAAGGGAUCAGGAGUCCAACAGAAGCAGGGACAGGGAAAGAGGUCGUGAUAAAGACAGGGACAGGGCAAAGGAUAAGGAACGUGGACAUGAAAGAGAGAGGGAUAGAGACAGGGAAAGGGAGAGGGAUAGGGAUAGGGAUAAAGAUAGGGAAAGAGAUAGAGACAAGGACCGUGAUCGUCAUCACCGGGACAGGCACAGGGACCGAAGUGAGAGAAGGGAUAGGACCAAAGACAGGGAUGAAGAUGACGACUACCAUAAAAGCCGAGAUUCCGAAAGGCGAAGGGAUUACGAUAGAGAUAGGGACGACAAGCACAGACGCAGAUCUGGAUCUCACUCUAGGACUAGAUCUGAGCACAGAUCUAGAUCUAGGUCUCCUUCACGUUCACGGUCUAAAAGCAAGAGAAUGAGUGGUUUUGACAUGGCUCCACCUGCUGCAUUGCUUCCCAAUCCUGCUGCUGCCGUUCCAGGUCAGCUGCCUGUGACCACUCCAGUUAUUCCUGGAAUGUUUCCAAACAUGUUACCUCUGGGAGCUGGACAGUUGGCAGCACUUCCCGUAAUGCCUGUUCAAGCAAUGACUCAGCAGGCUACAAGACAUGCUCGACGGGUCUAUGUUGGUGGGCUCUCUGCAACUGCCAAUGAACAGGUUGUAUCCGUGGCUACCUUCUUCAGUCAUGUUAUGUCAGCAAUUGGAGGAAAUACUGCUGGUCCAGGAGAUGCUGUGGUGAAUGUGUAUAUCAACCACGAGAAGAAAUUUGCUUUUGUUGAAAUGCGAUCUGUUGAGGAGGCCAGCAACGCAAUGGCUUUAGAUGGCAUUAUUUUCGAGGGUGCACCGGUUAAAGUAAGAAGGCCAAGUGAUUAUAAUCCUUCACUGGCUGCAACCCUUGGCCCGAGUAUGCCCAAUCCAAAUCUGAAUCUUGCAGCUGUUGGGCUCACACCAGGAUCUUCUGGCGGGCUUGAAGGCCCAGACCGCAUAUUUGUUGGAGGUUUACCGUAUUAUUUCACUGAAGCACAGGUUAGGGAGCUACUAGAGUCCUUUGGGCCACUAAGGGGCUUUGAUCUGGUCAAAGAUAGAGAAACGGGAAACUCCAAGGGCUAUGCAUUUUGUGUUUACCAGGAUUUAUCUGUAACGGACAUUGCUUGUGCAGCUCUCAAUGGUAUAAAGAUGGGAGAUAAGACGCUUACUGUUAGGCGUGCUAACCAAGGCGUGCAACCUAACCCUGAGCAAGAGAGUGUGCUACUGCACGCGCAGCAACAAGUGGCAUUGCAGAGGCUCAUGUUGGCGCCUGGCAUCACACCAGCUACGAAGAUUGUGUGCCUGACACAAGUGGUGAAUGUAGAUGAGCUCAAGGAUGAUGAAGACUAUGAGGAUAUAGUGGAGGACAUGAGAACUGAAUGUGCAAAGUUUGGUUCUUUGGUGAAUGUGAUCAUUCCUCGCCCUCUUGCCAAUGGUGAAACGCCCGCCGGUGUAGGAAAGGUUUUCCUGGAGUAUUCAGACACUGAGAGUUCUACAAAAGCACGUCUGGGGCUGAAUGGAAGGAAAUUUGGAGGGAAUCAAGUUGUGGCAGUUUUCUAUCCCGAGAAUAAGUUUUCUGAAGGAGAUUACAGUGGCUAGUGUUCCCAAGUUUUGGUCUGUCCACACAAGUGUCUUUAGUUUUUCUUUUUAGCAUAUAGCUUUCGGUUUGUUCUCUAUAUUUUGUCUAUUCUGACUUCAAUGUAUGUUAAUGGAGUUGCUCACUUAGAUGAAUUUGAAAAACUAAGAUAUUCUGUAUACACUCGGUAAUUUUACUAAUACGAACACCCUGCAUUUUGGAUUUACUUAUUAUUUGAUUUGGUGAUUUUAGUCUUU